AUGUCGGACGGGGCGAGCCGUUCUCCAGACCUUACCGUUUUUGUCGUUAUUCUUCGGUAUUUCCUCUGCUCAGCAUUGCUCAACAACUCCGCAGAAGCUGUGCAUUCUCUCACAGUAGAGACGACGCUGGCUGGGGCAAACCCGACUGGUUCAACCAAAGAUGUAUUACUGCUGUCCCUUCCAAAGGCUGGGCACUACAGUUUACCACUAUGUGCUUGCACGGGGUUGCGCUAUGCUGCCAUGCAAGGAUCAACAUGUUCCCUGGGACUAACAGUGGAGUCGACUGACUUCUGUUUUGUACCUCGAUCUUACUGUGUUACUGCGGAGCCUACGGAGGAACUCAAUGAAGCAAGCCUCCUUCAGUCUGCUAAUUGGGAUGAAAUACGCGAGUCCGCCAACUUUUUUGAAAGUUAUCUUCCCAAGGCAGCAAUACCCUCCUGCCGAUGUUGGACCCUGGGAGAUGUGAUGGUGGCGCCAUGUGGUCUGCCAGUGCAUCAGCAGAAUACAGCCGCCAAAAACACUUUCCCUCCCACAUACAUAUCCGUUGAAAACUCAGGAGCUGUGGACACAGAAUCUAUGUCAAAAACUCUCUUGGCACAGGAAGAAUAUCUAGAACACCAGUCAAACUUGAAAUCUCACGUUUCGGCUCCUGUCAAACCUCCAGGGCCAGUUUUGCAUGCCAGGCUAUUUCAUAAUUUUGUUCAUCCAGCUGGCCUCCCCCAGUUAGACACAAAGUGGGCUCGCCGUUUGGCUACAGAGAGGGUAAUUGCAGGCAGUAGGUUUAAUUCAGGAGGUGCAGCCGCAUACUCUUGGAAUGGCCCGUGCCACAAGAGCUGUCAAAGCUGCCAAGAGCCCGGUCGCGACCGCUGCCGCGCAUGCCCUAACCAACUGCCCUACCCCUACCUGCCACCAAAGCCUAGGCGCCUUUCUUCAUCCACUGAUAGCCUUCGCCUCGACAUCAUUGACCCACAGUUCCCGGAAGUGCAAUAUUAUGCCCUCGUAGCCGCCCAUCGGGAUGGUAGUGGUUAUUGCAUUCCGUUAGAAUUUGGGGACGACAGCGACGAGGCCACAGAGUUGGAAUGCGUCUCCCCGGGCUUGGGCACAGUGGCGAAUUCGGGAGCACCAUGGUGGCCAUUUGGUGGCACGUUGAGCUCCAGAAAAGCGAGCCACUGUCACCCAACGUGUUCUGUCUGUCGUGCGGACUGCUGCCGUGGAAAGCCAGAUAAUUGCCUAGCUUGCAAAGGAUCACGCCAUGUUUUUCAUCCACUCUAUAGAGACGGCACGGGGCGCUGUCUAGAUCUAAGGCGCUCCGAUGAGGAAUUACCUAUGACCGGAUUGCAACAGCAGAGCGUCAUUGAGGAGUCACUAGGAGUACAAGAAACCACAAAAACUACCUCGAAUGAGGAGGAUACAAACGGCUUUACUGCUCUUCUCCAGGCUAUAGUCAGUGUUGCCUCUUCCGUACCUGCUGCCCGCCGCACAGGGGAUCCAAAGGUGGCAGCCUCAUUGGAGAAGGGACCAACUAGAAAGGGCCCAUCUUUCCUUCCGCGACGUUCUCUCUGUGAAUCCUUGCCCCGCAAAAUUGGCGACAUGCCAAUUCGCGCCUGGUCUCAGCUCAUGUUUGUUCAUGCAGACAAUAACUUGGAAGAGUCCGCCUUGCUGGACUUGGAAGAGAUGUUGCACCCAUGGAGAGGUGAAAUAGUGAAACGGCAUGCGCGGGCUGCCCUGCGAGGGAGAGGCACCCCCCCUUUACCCGUCGGCGGUUCCGCGCUGAGCGGAUUGACUUCCCAAGAGGCCCUCGAAGACCUCUACCUGGUAGUUCUAAUAGACCGGAGCAGCCAGAAGAGUUCGACAGAUAUGGGGACGGUACAUGCGUGUCCUGAGUUGGAGUAUUCAAUUCUAGGUGAAGGUGUCAAACAACUACCUGGUACAAGUGAAGUUGAGUUGAAUGCUCAAAUGGCAUUCGAAUUGCUACGGGUCCACUUGCAAGAUGGUAGGCGGGAAUGGCUGCUCCUCCGCAGCCUUGGAGAGGUAGACAUGAAUGAUCCUGGAGUUUUGGGGACUGCAGUGACGCGGUUCCUUGACAUAUUUCCAUCGAGGCACUAUGCGGUAAUUCUUUGGAAUCACGGAUCAGCCUGGGCAGGGUUUGGCGACGACGAAAGCAACCCAAACAACCAACCUAUGAGCAUCCACGACAUUGCUGUUGGACUAAAGACAUCCAUGGACCCAACCUCUCUGAUCCGCAAGCCACCACCUCCUUACCGGACGGCUACAGCAUUCGAGUACGGCACAAGGUUCGUUACGAGUUAUGGCCUUCAUCCACCUUCGUCAAAUGCUCUGACACUUGCUCUAAUCGAAGUGCGGGCAUUCAAUGAGUUCAAAAAGAAGUUUGAAGAGUUGUUAGAGGGUCUGUAUUCCUGCGGGGGAAGCAACAUCACACGUCGGGUAAGGCGAGCCCUUUCGCAGACCUUCAGCAUUAGGGGGUGCCAAAUGCUGGGUCUAUGUAGCUGUUACGAUUUGAACGAUUUCCUCGCGAGCCUCUUGCAGCAGUUUGCUAGCGACGAACAUGAUAUGGGAAGGAUCACCCUUCAAUCCCGUAGACAGGAUAACGUAGCGCCAUGGGCUCUUGACGAUUUAAAGAAGCCGACCAACCCACUAAUAACUCAGAACCGACUACUACAGCAAUGGACUCAACAAGUACACACAGUUAAUGCCCUUGGUGCUGCGCAAAGAGCCUUGACGGAUAAGGUUGUGGCGGCGCGGGUCCUCUUCAGAAAAAUGAUUGUGGCGGAGGUUGGUAGCAGGGAACCCGGCAGAUAUGGUGGACUUAGCAUAUACUUCCCCGAUCCAAACAUGGCGGUCAAUUGUAAAGCGCACCGAAGUGCAGGCAGCUGGGCUCGCCGUUACACCAGCACCAUCCGCACAAAGUUUUCUUCAUUCGUUACAUCCGUGCUGUCAAAUCGAAAGGGCAGUGUCUGCUACUCUCCAUGGGGAGGCUCUGGAGUAAUAGGACGGGACGGUGCAAGCCCGUUGCCCCACCAUGCCGCAGAAGCUCCUCAGUGGUUCGGCGUUCUCUGCAGCCGAGUUCUCAAGCCACUUCCCGAAAAGGAUUCACUGGCAACUAUCGGAAUUUCAGCUGUGGUCCCAGCCACCGUUGUCUCAGCAAUGAUGUUCAGAGGUGCGUUGCCCUGCCCUUCAGUUUUGUGCGCCCCGUUAGAGUUGGGCACUAGCCAACUGGCAUACGCGGAAUACAUCCAGCAUACCUCUUUGCAGUCUGCAGACACUGUGAUUUUCGAAGGAUAUAUGGACAGAGCAUAUCAGGAUAUGGUGGAUGCGUCCUGGUGCAAUUAA